UCAUGUCAUUUAUCGUUUCCUGUUGAUUAGUGGGCCGUUUUAUUCGUAAUUGAUUGUUUUAUUAAAUAAGCGUUAUGAUGGCUGAAGAUACAACAGCCGACGCGACUAGGCGAUUAAACGUUAAGAAACAGACCCUCGAUGACGCUUACGCGGCGCCGGCAAACUUCUUGGAGAUCGAUGUAGUAAAUCCAGUGACAACGAUGGGUGUAGGAAAAAAACGCUAUACGGAUUACGAAGUUCGCAUGAGGACCAAUCUUCCCGUUUUCAAAGUUAAGGAUUCGAGUGUAAGACGACGGUACAGUGACUUUGAGUGGCUCAGAAAUGAAUUGGAACGAGAUAGUAAGGCGAUAGUCCCACCGUUGCCAGGUAAAGCUUUAAAGAGACAACUUCCCUUCCGUGGCGAUGAUGGUAUAUUUGAAGAAGAGUUUAUUGAAGAUCGUAGAAAAGGCUUAGAAGUAUUCAUCAACAAAAUAGCUGGCCAUCCUUUAGCACAGAAUGAGAGAUGCCUUCACAUGUUUCUACAAGAACCUACAAUUGAUAAAAAUUAUGUACCAGGCAAGAUUCGGAACACAUAAUAAACAAAAGUAUAAUACACCCUCGGAAAGAAAUUUAAAACAAUUCUCAUUCAGAAGUCAUUUAUAAAGGGAGUAGAUUAUAGCUUAUUGUUAAUUUACUGUUAUUUAUAAAUAAUUUGAUUGACACUCAAGAUUUUGUGUUUAUAUAUAUCACAAUAAAGUUAUAUUAAUGAAAAUUUUCUAACCUAGCCACCGUUAAUGAAUAUUGUUUAUAACUACUCGAUAAUUCAAAGAUGGCAACAGAGAAUUGUUUUAAAAUUCAGAAAUCAGAUUCUUACUGCAUGUUGUGGUUUACUAGUUAAUCAGUUUGGUUAUAUUUAAGACAUUGUUUCACACAGUAAUCUUAUCACAAUUUGCAGUGACAUUCUAAAUAUAACCACUUUAAUACAACCUAAUAGACAUAAUGAAAUUAUUUUCACACAGCACAGCAUUCCACAGAGUAUAUUUUCUAAAAUUGUUUUCCUUGUUUGGAUGAAAUUUUUCAUUAUAAUACUACUCAUGUUUCAAAACGGCUGAAAUUCAUAUAGAACAAAAUUGGAUUGUAAAGAUUUAUUUUAGACAAUAUGAUUAUUUAUAACUAAGCAAUAAUUAUUUGAAUUGUUGGCAACUUAUUUAUGUCAUUCAUUAAAUCCUAUUCUUUAUAGUGUGGAUUGCCAGUUAAAAAUAUUGAUUUAAGGUAUAAGUUAAUUCUACAUUAUAAAACUAAUAUAAUUGCCUACUUUAUAACAGCAUAUAAAUUGUAUGUUUUAAAUCUCAAUAAUUUUAAUUUGUUCAAUUUCAUUGAGAAAUUGGUGUGUAUUUAUUAUGUUUUAUUUUAAUGGGUGUAGAUAGAUAUAAAGAUUAAUAUCAUAAUAUAUAAUUAUGAUAGUUAUAAUAUUCAAAAGUAUAUGAGAUUGUACCUUGUUGAAUUAAGUUUGAUGUACGGUCACCAACAAAUAUAUUAUAUGCCGUAGAUACCUAUGUACUGGGCCCUAGUUCUGAUAAUGUUAGAGUAAUUAUAGCAAGUCAUUUGUGCUUCAAUAACAUCUAUUUUUCAC